AUGCUGAAGGACUGCGUCCGCACCAGUGGCUACAUGAAUGCCAUCAGCAGUGCCAAGGCAUUGUUUCACGGAAAGACGGUGCUGGACGUCGGCGCAGGUACGGGCAUUCUAUCACUGUUUGCCGCUCGCGCGGGUGCGGCGCGGGUCGUGGGCAUCGAGUGCUCCAACAUUGCGAGCUACGCAACUGAGAUCGCUCGGCGAAAUGGCUUCGGCGAAGUCAUCACCUAUGUCCAGGGCAAGGUCGAAGAAGUCGAGAUCCCCGUCGACAAGGUGGACAUCAUCGUCUCGGAAUGGAUGGGUUACUUCCUGAUGUUUGAGUCGAUGCUGGACAGCGUCCUCUUUGCCCGGGAUAAAUGGCUGAGACCAGGGGGCCACCUCUUCCCUGACCGAGCAAGCCUCUUCAUGGCUGGUAUCGAGGAUGCCGAGUACAGGGAAGAGAAGCUUGGUCAAUGGACCCACCUUCGUGGCUUCGACUUUAGUCCGCUGGCAGCGUAUGCCAUCCAAGAGCCCAUCUCGGACAUCGUCGAGCCGCUAGCACUGGUCACAGACACGGCGUGUGUCUUCCAGAUGGACCUCAGCGUCGUCAAAUGUCAUGAGCUGGACUUCGUGUCGCCAUUUUCGCUGAAGUCUCACCGCCAGGACUUCAUCCAUGCCUUGGUUGUUUGGUUCGACGUCUUCUUCGAUGCUGCGCCCGACGCCCUGCCACUUUCCACGGCUCCCGGGCAGCCGGACACCCACUGGAAGCAGACGGUCCUUUACCUUGACGAGCCCCUCGUGGUCUUUCCUGGCGAUGUUGUGAGUGGCAGGAUGGCAGUCCGGAAGAAUGAGCUGAACAACCGAGAUCUCGAUGUGAAAAUCUCGUACCA